ACACACACACACACACACGCACGCACACCUGAAAUCGCCUCCUCUUUCACUCUUGACUUGAGCGAGUGUCAGAGCUCCUGACGAGCACUGAGCAGAGGAAGUGAAAUCAAAAGUUCGCUUUUUGGGGAAAGCCUGUCGCGACGAACACGACUGAACUGGAAAAUCACAAACAAGGGAAACAAUUUUGCGGCUCCACAAUACUGUGCUGUAUUCCUUUUUUUAACCGAACAACAUGGCACGAUUGUCAAUGAAGAAGCGGAUUUCCUUGGCCGCUGAAUCAAUAUUCUAAUAAUACAAAGACAGGAAACGGACGAGAUGAGCGUGUCGAUAUUUCAGAGGCUGUUGGCAUUGGCAAUGAUAGCUCCAUUGAUUGACUGCAUUCGUGCAUCUCAGGGAACUCUCCACACUUCGCUUUUGAGCCACAGGGAGCGGAGGAUGGUCCACCACAGAGAGGAAGACCGCAUCGGGAUCCCGUUCCCCAAUCACAGCAGCGAUGUCCUGUGCAGCCUUAACGAGCAGCGUCGCAACGGCCUCCUCUGCGACGUGGUCCUCGUUGUACGAGAUCAGGAAUACCGCAGCCACCGCUCGGUGCUGGCCGCCUGCAGCCACUACUUCAAGAAGCUCUUUACCGUGGCCAACGGCGAGGAUGGAGGCCACCACCACGCUGCCGCCCCUACGCCCUCCGCAGCCAUCUACGAAAUUGACUUUGUGGCCCCGGAAUCGCUCACAGCCAUCCUGGAGUUUGCUUACACCUCCACACUGACGGUGACGCCGUCCAAUGUCAGUGAGAUCCUGAACGCGGCGCAGAUGCUGGAGAUACCCUGCAUCAUCAACGUGUGCCUGGAGAUCAUGGACAGCGGUGAGGGAGGAGGGGGAGGGUCUGAAGGGAGGGAGGAAGAGGAAGUAGAGGAAGAUGAGGAAGAAGAAGAAGAGGAAGAUGAAGACGGAUCGAGGAACGACGAUCAGGAGGAGGAUGACGACCGGUCGUCGGAGAGCAGGGGGGAGCCUCUGGGGAUGGACGAGUCACCGCCGCCCAGCACCUCAACCUACCAGGAGCGGUCGCCUGACAGCAUGCGUGGAAAGCAGGAGAGUCUGGAGAACCGCGCCCUGAAGGACUUCUCCAUCGAGUCUCUUCUCCAGGACGGCUUGUACCCCCGCAUGUCUGCUCUGGACAGGAGGGCAAGCUUCUCCCCCCUGCUGCCGAGCUUCUACCCCUCCAUGUGGGCUGCCGACUUCCCGGCAUUUCCCCAACGCUUCCUGGAACCCGGCCUCCAUCAGCACCCUCGCACAGGCGCCGGCUCCCCACGGGUCCCCACCAACUACCCGACGCCGGACGCCCCCCCGCCCGGGCCCCUCGAUCUGGUAGUGAAGCGGGAGAUCAUCAAAGAGGAAAUGAAAGAGGAAGUCCUGCCUGGUUUGCUCCACGGCAACUUCCUGAAGGAGUUCGUCAACUCUGGGCUCUGCAGUGCCAUGGGCUCCACCGGGCCUGUGCCACCCUCAGGCCACGCCCUGGGUGCGGUCAAAGACGAGGCCGACUUCCGCUCAUACCUGAGCUUCCUGAACUCUACGUCUCACCUAGGGGCUCUCUUCCCUCCCUGGCAGCUGGAGGAGGAGAGGAAGAUGAAGCCCAAGUCUUCGCAGCAGUGCCCCAUCUGUAACAAGAUCAUCCAGGGAGCUGGGAAACUACCGCGACACAUGAGGACCCACACGGGGGAGAAACCCUACAUGUGCACCAUCUGUGAGGUGCGCUUCACCAGACAGGACAAGCUGAAGAUCCACAUGAGGAAGCACACAGGCGAGCGGCCGUACAUCUGCCUGCACUGCAAUUCCAAGUUUGUGCACAACUAUGACCUGAAGAACCACCUGCGCAUCCACACGGGCGUGCGGCCCUACCAGUGCGAGCACUGCUACAAGAGUUUCACACGCUCCGACCACCUGCACCGCCACCUCAAGAGGCAGAGCUGCCGGGUCUCCCGCCCACGUCGGGGCCGCAAGCCGGCCGCCUGGCGGUCUGUGCCCACCGCCAGCUACAUGUGCCCGCCAAACACCGCCACCGCCGCAGGGGUUUUGGAGGGGAACGGGUUCAAGUCAUACCAGGACGGGGAGGAGAAGGACGGGGCGGAGCGGCAGCGAGGGGUGUUCGCCUUCUCCUUGGCGGGGGACGACGUGCUGGCCCGUUCCCCCUUUUACUCGGCCGCUUCAGACCCCUGGACCGUCAGACUGGAGCGGGCCCCGCCCAUCCCGGAGACGGCCACAUGAACAUCAAGUGCACCUAGAGACACAAAAAGAAAUCAGUGAACUUCCUAACAUUUUUUUUUCCCAUUUGUAUGGCAAAAUAUCAAUAAACCCACAUCAUAUCCAUUCAUGUCACAUUUGAGAAGCAUUGUGAAUGUGUACACGCACUUAGGAAGAAGUUGAGAAUUGCACAGUGUAUGCGCGGUUAGCAUGUCUGCCUUAGGUUCGGGCUUUGAAACUUGGCUUCGGCCUUCCUGUGUGGAGUCUGCAUGUUCUUCCCAUGAUUGCUGUGUUUUUUGCCACCAGUACUGCAGAUUCCUCGUACAAUCUAAAAACAUGCAUGUUAGGUUAUUGAAGACUCUAAAUUGCGCUUAGGUGUGAAUGUGAAUGUGCGUGUAGAUGGUUGUUUGGCUAUGUCUCUAGGUGCCCGGCGAUUGGCUGGCGACCAGUCUUGGGUGUACCCCACCCCCUCGCCCGAAGUCAGUCGGGAUGGGCUCCAGUGCGCCCGCGACCCUGUAUUGAAAACAGAAAGAUGGAUGUUUUAAAACUAACGGACAGUUUCUUAGCAUUAAAGACGCCCUUAAAGGGCAGCGCCGUGUUCAUGUUCAGGAAAGAAAAAGUUAUUUGUGACAAAGAUGAAUGUAACAUAAUUUAUUACUGUGUACGAAUCAGGACUAACGGCAAAAUGACACACACAAUAAACAAUUGAAGUUGACUGAAUGAGCACAACCCUCCUUCCGCUGCACUAUUGUAUAUAGCACAUUCUAACAGGCUAGGAAAGGUUCCAAAGACUUUGAUGCUCAAUAAAUGAGACAUACUGUAAGUCAAUGCUUUGUAAAUAAAACGUCAUGUGUCUCCAGAAGGACUCUUCUCAAUCACAUUUAUUUGACUUGAAAUGGGGACUGGAAAAAAAAAAAAAGAAAGAAAAAAAAAAUACCUUUUUUGUGCUAUUUAUGUGUAUUUAAAUGAAUGAGCCUUGGCUAUAUUUUGCAAAAUGUUUUAUAAAGACAUGACAUGUUGAA